CAGCACAGAGUGCCCCUGUCCAAGCCAUGAGCUGCCAGCUUUUUCAGGAGAAUGCUGUGGGAGACGGUGUCAAAGGCUUUGCAGAAGUCCAGUGCUUUCAAGGCCCUUAGGUUCACUUUCCGGAACAAUUCCUGUACUUCCCAGAGACUCCUUCUCUAACCUGCCCCCUGGAAACUCCCAUCCCAGCGCCCCCAACCACAGCACGACAACGCUCAGUUUUGGAGUCGGUUGGCAGCGCGGGUGCCCCCGCACGAGCGGCCGGCUGGGAGGGGAAGGGAAGGGCUCCCUCAGCACAGCGGUAUCCGUGGAAGCACCGCGGUACCUGAGCCCCGAGGCAGCAGCGCUCAAGGCCAAGCGCAGCACAGCCCCCGCCCGGCGGCCCCGCGCCUGCGCCCUCCCGCGGGGGUGACGCGGCGGCCGCGCCGCGGAGGCGGGACCGGGCACGAAGGCGCGGUGUUCAAGGAUUAUGUUGUAUUAGAUGGAAAAAAGUGUUCUUCAUUGGUGACUUGAGCUGUUUCGAAGAAUUGUAUGUGCAGAGGAAUUAAGAUGGAUGAAAUGUUUCAUUGGCUGUAGGAGCAGCAGGAUGCAUAACACGGGUAUGGAUUGGUCCUUUAUAAGCUGAUGAAACAUAGUGAACGUUGCCGUAACCAUUAAAGGAUAUAAUGCAGAAUCCGUUAACAAUUUCUGCAGUGGAAUUAACUACAGGUGGCAAUGUUUUGCAUACCUCAGCCAGAGCUGGAGAGUCUUUUUCUGAAGCCAUCUGGGUCAUGGAGAAAGAAAAGGGGGCACAGCUAGAGCAAACAGAAACCUUGGACAGAGAUUCCCCAUUCAAAACUUACACCACUUAGGUGGUGGUUUUUUGCAUGCUAAUCCUGCAGAGAAACAUUGUGUCCAACAAAGUAUGCUGGGUCAGCAAAAGCAAGAAACUUGUGCUGGAAAGACAGUAUCCACAGAUAAACACAAACCCCCUUCGGAUAUAAUACAAAGUUUUCAGAAGAAAAGUCAGUUUAGGACCAUUGCUCCAAAAAUGGUACCAAAAAUUUUAACACCUGGAGUCGUUUCUUGUCUUCAGUCUUCUUUGCCUGAGCCAAACACACCGAUUUCAGCUGCAGGUUCUAAACCACUGGUGGUACCAGCUCAGAACUACACUGUCAUGCAGGUGGCUGGUCAGGAGGGGACAUUUUCCCUACUGGCUGUGCCAUAUGUUGCUCCUGCUUUAACACAGCAAGCCCAGCAGUCAAAUGUGGCCCCCUCUGAAAACCUAAAGCUGCCUAUCCCUAGGUACCAGUCUGUAAGGAAUAAAUUGCUAGGUGACAAAAAAUUGGCGAAAAUCUCUGGUUUGGGUGCACAUAAGAAGAUUCCUACAAAAGCAUUGGUCUCAUCACAGACUUCCCCUGUGACUACUGUAACUGAAGACUGUCCUGAAACUCACUCUAGUUCAGAUUCAACUGAGCAAGCAACGCUGACAGACUGUGACUCAUCUGAAAUUGCAGUUGCCACAGUAGUAAAUAAAAGCAACUGUGUGGAAUCUGGACCUCCUUUAAUGAACAAAACUGAAAUUGCUAACAAUAAGAUUUCUGUACCGUCUGUAGUUAAAGACUCUUUAUCCAAGCCAGCAAGUACAAUUAAUCCCCCGAAACUAAGUCUGCGCUCUGUGAAGACAGCAUCGGAAACCACAAGAAAGUCAGUCACGACAUAUGAGAAACAAAAGGAAAAACCCACAAAUUCUGCAAAUCCUGUUGCUGUCUUGUCACCGGCAGUUCUUGGCAGCACAAUACAGAUGAAUCCAUCAGCACCAAAAGGAAAACUUCCUAUUUUGCCUUACUCAAGGAUGAAAAAUUCACUGUUUUGUAAAUCUAAGCAGAAUAUUAAUGUUAUGGAUGUAUCUGGUCCUUCACUAAGAUCUGAAUGUGAAAAGACACCAGCUUUGACAAAAACCAAAGCAUCUGAUAAGCAAUUAGCUGUAUCAUCUACACAAGUCCCCAAACAAACUGUUCGAGAAAACACCUUCUCUCCGUCCAGUGAAGUGGAUGUUGACAGUCUUAAAAAAUUGAACAGUGCGGCCUCUAAAAAAAGAGGCAGGAAAAGAAGAGCCUCGGAUGAUUUAUUGGCUUUUCAGACCAAGCGAAGGAAAUGCAUCAUUAAUAAGUUUAGAGAAGGAAGAGAGAGGGAGACGGUUGAUAUUCAGACACCUGAAGACAAAAAAGCAGAAGCAGUGAAAAAAUACCGUAGUAUUAGACCGAAACCGGUGGUAGUUGUGCAGACCUUCACACCCCUGACUUCUCCAGCAACAGUAGAGACACCACCUCAUGUCCAUUCAGAGCAAGCUGUUCCUUUAAAUGGUUCACUUGCCAGCAAAUAUUUGAGUUACAAGCAAAGUGAUGCUACAUCAGCUAAAUCAAGUGAUUCAAGUAGAAAUGCAUGUUCAGCCACACCUAAGCCACUGCACAGAUGUCCUGUUUGUAACCAUACCUUCCAGUUCAAACACCAUCUCCAGGACCACAUGAACUCACACAUGAAGAAACGGCCCUACAGCUGUCGGAUUUGCCGGAAAGCGUAUAUCCAUUCUGGGAGGCUCAGCACACAUAUGAAGCUUCAUCACAGUGAAAGCAAACCCAAAAAACUGGUGUGCUGUGAAUUCUGUGCUAAAGUUUUUGGCCAUGCAAAAGUGUAUUUUGGCCACCUCAGAGAAGUCCACAGGGUUGUUAUCAGCACUGAGCCCUCUCCUAGUGAGCAACAGAUGCAAGAUGCUUUAAAGAAGAGAGACACGAAUAUAAAAGAGACAGAAGAAGCUACAGAGAGGGGAAAUAAGUGCAAUCUUGAGGACCUAUUUCAUAACCCGGGAGGAGUGAAAAUACAGGUCAAAUGUGGCCAAUGCCAGUUUAUUGCACAGUCUUUUGGUGAAAUGAAGUUCCACUUACUGUGCUGUCAUGGAGAAGAGAUUCAGGGAAGAGUAAAGGAAGGGGGUUUGCAAGGAAAUAAAGGAGCGAAAGGGGAACUGAUCAAACAUACAACCCAAUUCUGGAAACAGCACAACGAGAGAAGACAUUUAGCAAAAUGCAGUGCCCGUGAGGAGGAGCUUUAUACUUUUCAAAAACUGAAAAGACAGAUAUACUUUCAACAUCAAAAUAAUGUCAAUAUUUUACCAAAAGGCGAAGUGACUCAGGCAAGAAGUGGUGAAACCACCAAGGAGAUGCAAAAUAUGGGGUUUGGUACAGCAAGCAAGAAAAUGGAAUUUUGGUCUAAAGCAGGCUAUAACUGCAUUUUAUGCAAACAGUUAUUUGGAAAAAAAGAGGAUCUUUUUAGUCAUUGGCAGAGUCAUCAUAAUUGUGAAGACCCUUCCACUUUAUGGACAAUUUUUAGUUUAGUAUCAAAAGAAGGGAUUGUUGAAUUUUCUAAUAAUGGUGAAUAUUGAAGCUCAAUUCUGCAAUGCUAUGAACAACAUCAACUACCUUAGCAAAUUUUUUAGAUUUUUUCACCGUUUUGCUAAACUAACUCAACAGAAGUAUCACUUCAAAGUUUUGUUGGGUGGGUUUGUUGGGUUUUCUUUUAAAGUUAUGCUAAUCUUUAUUUUGGUGAAUAGAAAAUAUAUUUAUCCAGUGUCAUUCCAGAUGGGUACUUGGAAGCUGAUUGUGAAACACUGUACUUAAUAUUUGUGUUUAAGGAGCUUCAUAGCAGCAAAUACCCAAUACUAAUGGUUAACAUCAAAGAAAAAGAUUUUCGAGUUAAAUUAUACUGUACACACAGAAAUAAAUCAAUUUAUAUGAAGCAAUCUUGAUCUUGAAUGAAAUGACAAAACCCACUGUAAGUGUAAUUUCAGUCCCAAUCGUGCUUCCAAAUUUUGUGGUAAAUACAUGUUUCCCUGCAGUUCUGUUGGUCACUUGUGCAUACAUGCAGCUGGCAUUCAAGGGUUUUAUGAUCUGUAAUUUCAGAACUUUUCAUUCUGGUUUCCUUGAUUUCAGUGUCUUCAGCCAUGUUUAUUGCUUGCAGACCUUUUUGUUGUUAAAUUCCGUCCUGGAAAUAGCAAAGAUUUUGUAUUUUAUAAAUAAAAACUCUACAUACAUUUUUUUGCCGGUAGCUUUUUGGGUUGAAGAUGAAUUUGCUGGCCAUGAAGUUGAAGCUCUCCAGGCUGGACUGCUUUAUGAAAAAGAACAAGUUUGUUUUAAAAAUAGUGAUCUGAAUUGGUUACUUGUGGGAAGUCUGACAUUCUGCAAUAGACUGCACGUCUCACAGUGGACUUUUAGUGUAUUCCUUGCACCUCCAGUCACAGCAACAUCACUGCCAACACUGUUAGCACUCUGCCUUUAACACUCUCAGUGUAUCACUUCUGUACCUCUACAGCUGACCCAGUGUCUGGCUCUAAAGGGAAAUUGUUCCUUCAAUUGUAAAUCUGUGGCAACUUGUGUUGCCAGAUUUGCUGUACUGGAGGAACUGUGUGCAACACCUUAACCUUCCAAUAUCAGGAGCUGGUAACCAUUCCCUUACCAGGGAGCAAAGCUGUAGCAGCCUGUGGCAGAGGAGCAGUGCAUCCUGUGAUCCCUGGCAGCAGGGCAGGCAGGGGUAAGGACCAUUGCAGCACAUCUCCAAGGGGGCAAGUCUGGUCAGGCUGUAAGGGAUGGAGUUCUGGAGCUCAGUUUUGACAAAAAGGUCAUUGAAACCAUUGAAUCUAGUUUGAAAUUGGUGUUUGAACUGCUGUUACUCGAAGCCUUAUGUACCACUGAAUUAUUUUGGGAGUAAUAAAGGAGGCAGUCUAAGAAAUCACUACAUCACUGUUCAGCGGAAGUCAGAGCACAUUAGAGGGCAAGCUGAAAAAUACACCAGUACUGUCCCUACAGUACUACUCUGUUCAUCUCUGUGGUCAACCAUAAUUGAGGGUUUGCAAUGACGAAAGAGUCAUUCUUAAAAUGUCCUGGGUUGCCUCUCACUGUUUUGCAAAAAUUAUGGUGAUGAGAACAUGAAAAGGGAUCUAAAAAUGUUGGACUUUCCGAAUAGGAUUCCAGAAGCUGUUGCAAUACUUUGUGUAUGUGUUUUGUUUUUAAACAAGAAAGGCAAUUUUGAUGAGCUAAUAGUUUUGAAUGCAAUUUCUUGUUUCAUGGUGCUUUGCCCUGGAGAUGAACUAUAGGGCAGGAGCCAAGUAUAAUAAAAGACAGAAAGAAAAUGCUCAUAGAACUAUACAGGUGCUUGGUAAGGUGGAAGAAUCCCUGUGGAUUCUCAAAACUUCCUUCCUACUAUAUGUUGUUUUAAUACAUAUUUGUGCUGUUUCUUUGCUUUUGUAUAUUUGUUUUUUGUGCUGAAUUACUGUAAAAUACUACUUGUUCUUAUUCUUGACACACCCAUUUUCAAUGCCUACAAUAUAUUCAUAUUUAUUUUCAUGGGCACUUUUGGAAGGGAAUAGUUAAUUUUAAAGUCAGUGUUUGAUAUCAAACUGAAGCCAUAUUUAACUUAGUAGACUGUGUUGCAUUUAGAAGCAUUUUUUACCCCCCCAACUUUAAAAUCAAAUUGAAGUUAAAUCCUUCAACUUUAAAAAUCAAAUAGCAUGAUGUUUUCCCUGAAACAGAAAUGUGAGAACAAUGCCUCCUUCCCAUAUAGUUAUACUACAUCAAAGGGAAGUUCAUUCCCUCAACAUGCAUUUUAAGAGUUGGGGAAAAAAAAACCAUUUAAAAGAUUUGAUCGUGUUCUUUAUUUAGAAUUAACAUCAAAUCACCUUUCUUGCAUAAUCACAUGUCCCGUGGUAUAGUUUAAAAUGAGCUGACAUGAAUGCAGUGCUGAGACAGAGUCCCUCCUGUUCAGGAACAGCACCAGUGAUGGCAGAGUUGUCCUUUAAAAAUAUUUUCAAAAAGCAUUUAUUAAAAACAGUGGUGCAUCAGAGCCAGUGAUGUAGAUGAGUUGUUUGGUCGUGGUCAUCAGGCAAGAGGAGUCAGUGCCUUUCAGUGAGAAGGAGGUGCAGUGGGGAGGGGAGGAAAGGCUUUGAGAAGAGGGAGUCAGUUGCAUUUUUUUUAAUAGAAAUUUUCAUGUACGGUUCUUUUCAUCAUGUUUUUGUGCUCCUUUCCCUUUCUGUAGUCCAGGCAAAAUGGUAAAGGUCUCAGCUUUCAGCAGUUUAAAGCCUGAAAACAUGUUUUAAAGCAUGGUUCUAAGCCUCUUCUCAGUGUCCUCAUAAAUGUUUAAAAUUAGAAGCCUUUUUUCUGAGCCUGAAAGCAUUCUUAUGUUUCAGGCUAUUACGAUUAUAGUAGAUUAUGAAAGGUUGGGAUUUUUGAAAAUAGCUUUGCAUUAAAUACAGAUGUGUCCUUUGUUUAAGAUGUGUUUGUUUUGCAUUUUUGUUCAUUUUGAUAACAUUUGGAGGUAGGAAGUGAGCCUUUAUAGACAACAACAUUAAGUAGUGCGUGUUUGCUGUUCAGCAGAAGGGUUAUUAUGAAUACAGUUUGCUGUUUACCUUGAAGCUGGACAAGUUAACAUCUGGUUUUGCACAUAAAUUAUGUUUUUAAAUUGUUAAACCGAAUGUUAUUGUUUUUGUAGCUGUAGUUUUGUUCCCCUCUGAUUUUUCAUUAAAUCUCUGUUUCAGCUUCACUGUUCGACUUUAAAGCUGUUCCUCACAUGGAAAGUUGUUCCUUCAUCAUCACACCAUAAAUAAUCAAAGCUGGAGGAGUUCCAUUGCUUUUCUGGCUUGCAGAGUAUUGCCCUUCUCCAGCUGCAGAGCUACAGUUUCCUAUGGCUAACUUGACAUAGUUGCUGGCAGUAAAUGUUUUACUUCAUUUAUUUAUUUAUUAGAAUUCAAAUCUGUGCUGUUUAGCUCAAUCAGAGUUUCUGCCAUAUCUCAUUAGAUACUUAUUUUAUCUACUAUUCAUGGAGCCCUUUAAAGAAAGUGUCAUAAGAAGGAUGAACAAGUAUUUAAGGGAGCAGAUUUCACCCUAACUUUGUG